AAGGGAUGUUCGGAACUAUCGAUAAGACGCGGUUUUAAAUUAAGUGAUGUAUUUAUUUGAUAAUUUUUAGUCAUAACUAUAGAUUUAUAGACAUUAAUAAUUUUAAAUUUAUUUUUUGAAGUGUGUUAAUAAGAAAAAUGGUGACAAAUGUUAAAUGGCUAUUUUUAUUGGGGAUUACAGCGGUUCAGUUUUCUGUUUCGCAGACGCAAGAGAAAGACGAACGUGAGAAGAAACCGCAAUCCGUGCGAGAUUUGUUCGACACCAAGUCAUGUAUCCCCGGCCCCUUUAGAUGUCCACAUCCACAAAUGCAGUUUUUUCUUUACACUAGGACUACACAAGAAAAGGGGGAAUUACUUAACACUUUGGACAAUGAAUCUUUAACAAAUUCAAAGUUCAAUCCAAAGUACCCGACGAAGAUCGUCGUACACGGCUUUGGCGGAGGAAGAAACCUAUCUCCUAGUACUGAUAUGAGGAACGCGUACUUCGCAAGGGGUCACUAUAAUAUUAUCAUAGUCGACUACGGAAGUCUAGUCAAGGAACCGUGCCUCAGUCAGAUAGAGUGGGCUCCUCGGUUUGCGAGCAUGUGUAUAGCACAGCUGGUAGAUUACCUGCAGUAUCAUCCCAAGAAGGCAGUAGCGCCGGAGAGAAUACACACAAUCGGUUAUAGCGUCGGAGCUCACAUACUGGGAUUGGUGGCUAAUCACCUCAAUGAUCGGAAAUUAGGAAGGAUCACUGGUUUGGAUCCCACGAUUUUCUUUUACAUGGGAAACAAUAGAUCUCGGGACUUGGACCACACAGAUGCUUUAUUUGUCGAUAUCCUCCACACGGGUGCUGGCAUCCUCGGACAGUGGGGACCCAACGGGCAUGCAGAUUUUUAUGUCAACGGCGGAUCCAGUCAGCCUGGAUGCGCACAUGAUACCAUUUUUCAAACGCUUUCCUGCGACCAUACGAAGGUGACUCCGUAUUUUAUUGAAUCGAUUAACAGCCCUACCGGUUUCUGGGCUGGUCCUUGUCCUAAUCUGUUCUCAUAUCUCAUUGGUUGGUGUGAGCCCAAGGAUACUGAAUAUGUACGCAUGGGAGAGCAUGUUACUCACAGAGCUCGAGGCGUGUAUUAUGUGACGACGAACGCAAAACCACCUUACGCAAGAGGGUUCCCUGGUAAAUCAAGACGGUUGCGAUCUAUCACUCCGUAUAGUUGAUUGUAAUUUAAGUGUGAAAUUAAUUAAUGCUUAACUAAUUUAGGAUAAAGAAACUGAUGCCAACGACUACAAUAGUUACUAAUUAGAGCGCGCGCAUCCUUGGACUAAGCUACCGCACAAAUUUUUAGACGCUCUUUGAUUCCUAUGAGCUUGGAGAUGCGCAUACUACUCGAUUUUUAGUUGUGCAACUAAACAGUUGAAUGGACAGCGAAACAAGCGACAAUCGCACAACUGUUUUGCGAUAGUUUAGCCAAAGGAGUGCGCCCACUCUUAACCAUAGUGUCAUAUUCUUG